GCUAGUAGCACUUUGAUUAUGCAAUAUGGCGGCGGAAUUUGCGGGGCAAGAAACUUCUUUUAAUGUUCCUUGGGGUGUUAUUGCAGCUAAAAUAUGGGGUCCCGAGAACGGUAAGCCUUUUCUUGGCCUUCACGGCUGGCUAGACAACGCCAACGCAUUUGACAAGCUAGUUCCGUUGCUUCCCAAGAACAUUCGCUUUAUCGCGAUGGACUUUGCUGGCCAUGGUAUGUCUUCUCAUCGUCCUCUAGGGAUUGGAUACAACAACUUUGAAUAUGUUGCUGAUGUAAAGAAGGUCGUUUUUCAGCUAGGAUGGAAACAAUUCUCGAUUAUAGGCCACAGUAUGGGGGGCUAUGUGGCAAUGCUGUAUGCUGGAUGCUUUCCUGAUGAGGUAGAGAACCUAAUUUUGAUCGAUUGCGGUGGACCGCAUCCUCGGUUUGGAAAUCGCCCCGCUGAGGUGCUAGCUACUUACGCCACCAAAAUGGCGAGCAUCAAACCAGCUAAUCCUCGCGUUUACGAAAGCGUAGAAAAAGCAGCAGUAAGACGAGAAGAAACCGAGGAUAACAAUCCAUAUUACCCUUUGUCCAAGGAAAGCGCGUUGUCGAUAACCAAGAGGGGAACCAAAGUCACCAACGAGGGUGUUAUAUUUUCCCAUGAUCCAGUCGUCAGAGGGCUUUUUCGUCCGUUUAUCUCUCCUGAGGUCUCUAUCAAGUUAAUUUUGUAUAGGAUUAAAUCAUCCAUGUUGGUCUUAGAGGGCACAACUAGUAAGAUAGAAAUAGAAGUAAGAGAAAGACCUAUUCUAUUGUGUCAAAAUGCCAAAUUUCUCAUGAAGAAAAAGGUUGAAGGUGGUCACCAUUUUCAUAUGGAUAAUCCUGAGCAAACUGCAAGAGAGAUAAAGCAAUUCUUGAUGCAGCAGGAGUCACAGAACAUUGACCUGUUCUCCAGUAAACUUUAACAGUGAAGGUCAUCUUAGGAAAAAAAUAUGGAUCAAUAUUAGUAUUGCAACAACUGUGCACCAGCCCCUACCAGACCCAACAUUAAGGCUAACUUGUCAUCAAAGGACAGUUGUUGAGUUAGGGGAGAGGUAGGUGCACAGUUGCUCAGGUACCCACAUUGAUCAGAUAUUGUAAAUGUUCGAAGUAAAUCAAGACAGGUUUAUAAAAACAGUGCAGGUCCACUGAACAGGAAAAUGUAAGAUUUUUUUUAGAUCAAAACUUUUUGGGUAUUUAAUUCAACAAUUCAAAAGCUAUUUCUCCUUCCGGAAGUUGAUUCAACUCAGCACUAAGCUCCUGACAGAGUGAACUUUUAAUAAUGGGGGGAGGGCUGGCAGGGGUCUGGUCAAUGUGUGGACUGAAUUAUAGAGAAUCAUCAUAAUUUGCUGAAUGAAACAAAAUAUGGAUAACUGAGAAAGAAAUGAGUUUGGAGGGAAGGAAACUUUAAGAUAAAGAGGAGUUGAAAGAGCCUCGGGCUUGCAAGAUGAUGCUAAGGCUUGUCGGUUUCUGUUCUCUGACAAUGUGAUUUUUACUCCAGGGGGAUGUCAUUUACUUCAAAAGCUAUACACAGAAAAACCUACAUACAUUGAUAACUCUUGUUUUUGGUGUUUAAUUUAUUGUGCUUUAUAUAAUUACGGCAGAUCCACGUCAGUAUUUGAGAAACUGUACACCUACCCCUCCCCUAAGCCUACAUUAACCCUAAGUUGUUGUCAGCUGACUGUUGUUGGGUUAGAGGAGGGGUGGGUAGUUGCCCAUAUACUGACAUUUCCCCAUUUAAGCUGUUGAUGAAAUCUCCAAAUAAUUAAGGAAUAAACAAAUGUUUACAUGGC